AUGCAUGUUGACAAACAAGUGAACUCUCUCUUUAGUAUUGACCUCACAGCAGAUGCAACUACUAGUAAUGCCAGUGUCAGUAGUGCAGAUUCAAAGCAAGAAGAUGACAGCAGCUUCUCACUGAUAACCUGGAACAUUGAUGGGCUGGAUCUAGGAAAUCUAAAAGAACGAGCUAGAGGAAUCUGUUCUUAUCUAACAUUGUACAGUCCAGAUGUCGUUUUUUUACAAGAGGUCAUCCCUCCACAUCUCUGUCUUCUACAGAUGAGAGCAGGCAGUUACACUAUUAUUCCAGGUAACGUAGAUGGCUAUUUCACUGUCAUAAUGUUGAAGAAAUCAAGAGUGAAGCUACUGAAACAUGAGAUAAUACCUUUUCCAACAACCUCCAUGAUGAGGAACCUUUUGGUUGUGCAUGUGAGCAUAUCUGGUAAUGAACUUUGCCUUAUGACCUCUCACCUGGAGAGCACUAAAAAUCACUCCAAGGAGCGUAUCAAGCAACUGCAAAUAGUGUUAGACAAAAUGCAGGCGGAGUCUGAGUCCACCACUGUGAUAUUUGGAGGGGAUACAAACCUCAGAGACAGCGAGGUUACUAAACUGGGAAAUUUACCAAACAACAUUAUGGAUAUGUGGGAGUUUUUGGAUAAACCUCAACACUGCCGCUAUACUUGGGACACCCACUCCAAUACCAACCUGGGUGCGGGGUACAAGUGCAAGAUGAGGUUUGACCGCAUUUACCUUCGGCCUGCAGCAGACGGAGGGCACAUUAUUCCACGAAGUAUGGAUUUAAUAGGAUUGGAAAAACUAGACUGUGGCAGAUUCCCUAGUGAUCACUGGGGUCUUCUGUGUAACUUUGAUGUGAUAUUGUAG